AUGGACACAACCAUGCCAAUGAUGGUACCAUCAUCAUCAUGGCGAGAACCAGUUAUUAUUCUACUCGAUGACCUCUCGGAACCAUGCAAGAAUUCCAACCUCUACUCACACAAUAUUAAUUUCCACAAAUUACGAAAAUUCCGAUUAAUUGAUCAAUUAGCAUUAUUUAAAAAAAAGAUGGAAUAUAUUGAAUGUUUGAAAAAGUGUGAGGAUAAUUAUUCGGUGAGAUGUUUUGUGAAAAGAUUUCCAUUGAUUGAAAAUAAUGAUUUUGGAUUUAUGAAGAAAUUGAUCAUGUUGAGAGGGUGGUUGAUUAGAUAUGCAUCACAGCAAUUGACGAGUGAUAGGCAGUUUAUGAUGAGUGUGGUGAAGGAGCAUCAGGUUUGCUUUCGUUCUGCCAGUAAAGAGUUACGAUCUGAUAGAGAAUUAUUGGAAGCUGCUUUGGAUUUAUCUGAGUGUGGAAAUGAUUUGCAGAAAGUGAGGAGAAAAAUUGAUUUUUCUGAUGAGGAUGAGUUGGGAAUUGUUGGAUUGUUUAGGUUUACUACAAGAAUAUUCAAAUAUGUGACGUGUGAAAAAUUGAGAAAUGAUACAGAAUUGAAAAAGAAGGCAAAAGAAAUCAAGUCGAAUAGGGAAUUGGUGUUACAAGCUGUAAAAUAUUACGGAUCAGUGCUCAGAUAUUCAAAUUCAAAAUUUAAAGCAGACCCAGAGAUAGUAGGCACUGCACUGGAGAAUGGAGAGUUGAACGUAUGUAAAUGGAUUAAAAAGGAGAUAUAUUCAGAGCUAGCUCUCAAAUUGGUAAUGAACAAGGAUAACAACAAGCAAUUUUCACAACUCUACCAACCACAAGGAGAAGAAUUUUGGAGAAUGGUAGUUGAGAAGGAGCUAUUGCCACCCUCUUUCAUUCCAAAACGAUUUUUCACCAUCAAGGAAGUAGUCAGGUAUGCCAAAGAUGAUUUAGGUGUAUUGAAAAAUGUUUUUGAUGGAUCCUUUGAGGUAGAUGACGAGGAGAUUUUACAAAUUGUCACAAGACUCUACCCAAAAGCCCUCAAAUAUGCAUCUGAGAGAUUGAGGAGCAAUUUAGAUUUGAUACUACCAAUAUUGAAGAGGGAACACGAAUUGAUUGAGUUUGUAUCGAAAGAGAUUCGUAAUUCCAUUUCUGUUGCUAAAGAACUUUUAUCUAAAAAUGGAAGUAUAUUGAAUUUAUUUGGUGAUUCAAUAAGGAAGAAUGCAGAAUUCAUCAAAUCAAUUCUACCAGCAUUUGAUUUAAAAACGGCAAUGCAAUUUCCUAAAGAAUUAAGAUCUAAUCAUCAUCUUAUUGAACUGUUGGUGAGAAGGAGCUAUACAUUUUUUAAGUGUGCUACUUUGGAAUUGAGAGAUGACUUUGAAUUUGUCAAACAGAUGUAUGAUAUUGAUUGGAGAAUAAUAGAGUUUGCUUCUGAUAAUUUAAAGAACAAUUCAGAAUUUAUGAGAUUUGCCACAAGCAGAAAUGCUCUCUCAUUUGCAAAUUUUUCGAGAUCAUUAAGGGGAAACAUUGAAAUAAUUAAGGAAUGUGUAAAUAUGGCAUUGAAACAAGGAUUUAGAGAGGAAAAAGUUUAUGAGAUGAUUAUUUGUCGUUCUUUUGGAAAGGAUGAAUUCAAGACCGAGCUUGUCUUACUUCAUCAACAGCUCAGGCCACCAUCACAAAAGAAACCCUCAUUGCAAUAUGCUCAUCCAAUGCUAUUUUUUGAUAGAGAAUACUUUAUUUCCAUCUAUGGAGAUCAUUUCAAUGAAAAAUUAUUGGAUUAUUAUGGUGAAUAUGCUCUCUAUUGCAUGGAUCCAUGCUCCAAAUCAGUUAAGGGUACGAAUUACUUUUUUUGCAAUAUGGGAGAGAUUUACCUUCCCUUUGUGAAACGGCUACAAGAAGCAUCCCUUGCCUACUUUAAUUCAAGUCACGUGAAUAUCAUCAAGAUAUAUUCUGGUGUUUUCUACCCAUACGACAAUUUUUCUUUUGAAAUGCUCAAUUAUGAGGAUGAAGAUUUACUGGAUACAAUUUUAACCUCUUGUGGACGUCAUGGUAGAAUUUUUGCACAUGUAGAUCCACAAAAUCUAUCACACCAUAUUAUUGAGAAAUUGUUAUUGAAUUUAAAUGAUGACACAAAGUUUAUGCUUCUCAUUUUGAAGAAUAGUGGUUCGCUGCUAAAGUAUGCAUCUGAUAGAAUAAGAGAUACAGAAGAAAUUGUCAAAUUGGCAGUCAGUUCAGAUUCAACAUCUUUAGCUUUCGCAUCUAAUAGAUUAAGAAAUGAUAAGGAUAUUGUUAGAAUGGCUGUUUCAUCCUCAGCUCUCAAUUUUGCAUUCGCAUCUGAAGAACUAAGGAGUGAUUAUGAUUAUUUCCUUUCCUUGAUUACUCCUUCGACACAAUCUAUCUUGCUUGAAUGUUCCAAUACAUGUGUAAAGAGCAGGUUUUUCAUAGAUCAACAAAAUAAAGUUUAA